UAAAGCGGUGAUCAGAGGAAAAUUGCUGCUACGACUCAGGAAAGCGAGAACGUGUAGACAAGUAUUUCAGAUUACUCAUUGAGAAUAUUGAAACUGUGUAGUUAUUUCAAGUCACCCUAGUACAGUCCCUUUUCUUAAAUAACUCCAACAACUCGGCUGGUGUAAAUCUGGUGCGUGGGCAUUAUCCCAUUCUCCAGCUUGUUAGCUGGCUAGCUAGCUAUUGCGGCUAGAUUAGCUAGCUAGCUGACGUACGUAAACUAUUGGUCAGCCACUUUCUUAUUCAGCCGUCAUACCGGCAGUGUCAUUGCUUUCAUCGAAGCAGUGUUCCUGCCAUGGACGGUGACGCAUGUGUUGAAGAUAAGAGUGGAGGUGAUGUUGUUGUGGACCAAGUGAAAAAAGAACCAGCAGCCUCAGCUCCACAUAGAUACACCAAGGAGGAGCUUCUUGACAUAAAAGAGCUACCAAUCUCCAAUGAAAGACCAGAGUGUCUCUCAGAGAAAUAUGACAGUGAUGGCGUCUGGGAUCCAGAGAAAUGGCAUGCAUCACUGUACCCCACCUCAGGGCGCAAUUCUCCUAUGGAAGGAGUUCCACUGAAAAGAAGAAUCCCAGAUCCUCGUGAGAGGUUAAAGGAGGAUGACUUGGAUGUCGUACUGAGUCCACAGCGACGCAGUUUUGGAGGUGGAUGCCAAGGCAAUGCUGCACCUGCGCUCCACUCCUCCCGUCCAAUCAGCCCUCUAGAAAAUAAGGAGAAUGAAACUCUUCGUUUAUGCGGGACACGCAGAAUUGGAAGUGGUCGUAUAAUUGCUGCACGAGCCUUUGAAAGAGAAGUCCGCCUCGAGAAGGAAAGGGAAAGGGACAUCAGAGACUUCAAAGACAAAAGAGUCAGGAGAGACUUUGGGGAUAAACGUAUAUUUAGUGAACGGCGAAGGAAUGACUCUUAUGCUGAAGAGGAGCCAGAGUGGUUCUCUGGAGGUCCUACGAGCCAGUCGGAGACAAUUGAGCUCAUUGGCUUUGAUGACAAAAUAUUGGAAGAUGAUAGACGCAAGUCCAGGCGCUCAAGGAGGAAGCCAGAGUCUGUAAAAGAAGAAUGUAAUGGACAGCCAGAGGAGACAAACGUGAAUCUGCGCUCUUCAACGGAUCAGGAGGUUCCCCACCCUGAUGUGCUGCCAGAGCAGUCCACUGGUGACUUUGACUUCAAUGAAUUUUUCAAUCUGGAGAAGACCAUGCCAGGCCUGGCGUCUAUGAUUGAGGACGUUUUAGGGGAAGGGCCUGUAACAGCAAGCCGCUUCAGUCAAUGGUUCUCCAGCAACUUGAGCCCUUCAGGGAGCCGCUCCAGUAGUAUGAGGUCCACUCCGCACGAGGAACUGGAAAAACUAGCAGGGUUUGAAGCCCAUGGCACAACAUCUGGCCAAGGUGCUGCCCCAUUCUUCACACCCAUUCAGCCAUCGGAGUGUAAGGAGAAAGUGGACAUACUGGAACUGUUGCAAAAGGCCAAUGUCGACCUGAAGCCUCUUCUUUCUACUCUCUCCCUCAACAAGGCUCGCCUACGGGAAAACAAUAAUUCUGGAGCAGUGUUGUCCCUGGAGGAAGUGGAGGGAGGAAUGAAGGGCAUGAAACUGAACGCGGAACCGCAAGUGCAAAAGACAGUACCACCGCAGAGAGGAAAUGGGACGCCCUUCAUGGCUGAACACUUAGAAGAAGCUUUAACUGGUGGUCCCAGUGCUCGACCACGCUCCCGUGACACAGACAUGUCAGCUUUUAAUAAACUGGUCAGCACCAUGAAAGCGAGCGGAACUCUGCCAACUCAACCCAAAACUAACAAUUCAAGCAAUCGACCUUCAGACCAAUCUAUAGUGCCACUGACAGAAGUUCCAAUGCCUCUUCAGCAACCGAAAAACAUAUUCCAGGAGCUCUUGGGAGGGCCAGCUCGUAGUCGCUCCCCAGUGCUACUUGGCAACCUUUUGGGAAACUCUGAGGUCUCUGUUGCUCCCAACUCACUACAUGGCCUACAUAAGGGUCCCUCACCCCCCCUCUUCCCUCAGAGGGCAAUCUCACCUGACUACUUCAACAGUCACUUGCAACAUUCAGCAGGCUUUCCAGUUGUUGCCCAACCCAUGAUGCCUGAACAAUAUGCUGAUAUACACCGGUCUAUGAGCCCUGCAGCUGCAGCCCAACAUCAGAUGAGGACACUCGCAAAACCAGUAAAUCAUGCAGAUCUAGAAGCCCUGGCAUUUCAACAGGACCUUGCACUACAUGCCCAUCAGCAAUUCCAGUCUGGUUACAACAGGCUGCCGCAAGACAAAUCUUUUCGUAAUCGUCCACAGCGUGUUAACCGUUCUCCAGGCCCCCAGCCUGCUGGAAGAAACUCACCAGGCAGUGCCGUCACCAGCAUGUUGUCACCCUCAUUUACACCUACAUCGGUUAUCCGCAAAAUGUAUGCAACAAAAGAGAAAAGCAAAGAUGAUCCAUCAAGUCGACCAGAGACCAAAGAGGAGGGGGUAUUGCAUUCUCAAGAUGAGAGCAACUCUUCUAGUUUACACCUGGAAGCAGUGGAAGGGAAUGGCACCCAGUCUGGCAGCAUCAAGACUAGCUCUCAGACCUUACUAAGCAAGGACCAGGAGCGACUCAGGCCACAUUCUACUGGACAGCAUACACCUACCACAGCGCCAACCUCAACCUUCCCCCGUUCCAUCUAUCCAGUACCACUUAUGUCCCACGUACCAAUGGUGCGCCCUCCUCCUCACCUCCAUCCUAACGUGGUUCAAAGAAUGCUGACACAGGGAAUCCAGCCCCAGCAGCUUGGACCAGCGCUGGUCCAAGCAGGCAUAUAUCCACCACACGUUGACCUUGCGCAACUUCAAGGCUUGCCCCCUGCAAUACUGGGCCAAACCUUGUACCCUCUCAACGCAACGGGAGGCCAUCCGCUUCUACCUCCAAGGGCAAACAGUCACAUGCAGCUUGCAGUGAUGCAGCAGCAACUUCAGCAACAGAGACAAAUACAUCCAGGCCCCCAGUCUCAAAACCAAGGGCCUCAUCGUUCAAAUGGCCCACAGCGACACGACAGAAGUCCCCCUCCAGGCCUGGCCAAGUGGUUUGGAGCUGACGUCCUGGAUCAACAACUCCCCUCUAUGCCAGCCAAGGUCAUAAGCGUAGACGAGUUGGAGUUCCGGCCAUAAAGAACUUAAUUUUGAGGUGGACUGUGAAUUGUUUUCCGUUUUCUCGCCCUUAUAAACAUGUUUAAAUGUGAACUUUAAUUUGAAGCCACAGCACACAACUGGACUGUCUUUUUGACUCUAACCUCAGUCAAAGCUCUUAAAAUGUAAACCGGGCAAUGGAGACGAGUUACUGCAGCUAAGUGACUUUUUUUGUUUAGGUUUUUGUUAUUGUUGCUCUCGUUUUGUAUUAGACUCUAGCAGUGAAUCUGGGAGUAACUUGUGUAUAGUCACAAUUGUACAGAUGACGGGAUAUUAUCUUUGUCCCACUGUAAAUAGUAAUGUUUUUUUUUUGUUUUGUUUUUUUUUGGUAUGGGGAGGUGAAACCAUCGUGAAGUUUAAAUGCUGAAUGUCAGAGCGUGUAGCACUCCUUGUUGACUUUUUGUUUUCCUCAUCAACUGCACUGAGAGCUACUACGAGCAAUGGAUGGGGCAGGUUGGUGUGUACCUUUCCCUUGCUGGUGGCUCAGUUCUGUAGAUGCAUCAUUAUUAAUCAUUAUUAUUAUUAAAUGAUGUAGCAGCAUCAUUUCAAGACUACUCCAAGGGACUGCUGGUUGUGCCUUCUGUGUAUUUGUUUUCCUUUGGAACUGUAUCCUCUCCCAUCCAAACUGCCACAAGAGGAGGCAGUCUCACAAUUUCUGCGGGUGUUUGGAUUCAGUUGUUUGUGCUAUUAAGUUAUAAAGCACAGAUAGAAAUAAUAAAUAAAAGUGACAAACUAUUUGAA